AUGGGCUGGCUCUGGGCUUCACCAUCUCCCCCCAAGACUCCCGCCCCGGGACAAGCUUCACAGGCUCCCGCGCCGACCCCGCCAUCCUCGACUAAGACGACUGACUCCGAGAUCGAUCCCGAGAUUGCAAAGUUCCUCGCCCUUUUCCAGAACGAAUCGGGCAAUCAGCCAGAAGAAAAGGCGUCAGCGCCAGCACAAUCAUCCUCCCCACCGUCCAAGUCAUCAUCGUCUUCAUCAUGGUUCUCCCUCAAAUCUUCACCCGAUUCCCCCUCUCAAACCAGCAACCGUGCAAUCACGCCACCCUCCGACAAUCCCGUGGCUGAGUCCACCCUUCCGACAGAGAUGUCUUGCCGCCAGGCGUUUGACAUGGCCUUUCACUGCCAGUCUGUCGGCGGCCAGUGGAACAGCAUUUACCGAUACGGCACGAUGCGCUCUUGCAGCGAACACUGGGAGGACUUUUGGUUCUGCAUGAGGAUCAAGAGUUACUCGGGGAAGAUGAAGGAGGAUGCCAUAAGAGACCAUUAUCGUCAGAAGGAGUUUGAAAAGUAUGGAAAUGGCAAGCCAAGUAGUGAGGACGUCUGGCAGGCAAGGACCACCAAGGUCCCACCGGGCAUGGCAUUUACGGAGAGUUUGGAGGAACCCACAAUUAAUGACGAGGAGUGGCAGAGGAUGGAGAUUGAGAGGCGGAAGCAGAUUAGGCAGGGGCUCGGCAUCGAACCAGCAGCAUGA